AGACUCGGAGCACCCCGCCUUGGGGGCCAGUAGACAGCCAUGAUGCUCUCCUGGAAGCUGCUAGGCCUGCUGGUCCUUUGCCUAUGUGCAGGAGGCAUCUCAGGCAAUGGGGACCCUUCUCCCGGAUCCACAGACACCCACGAAGAGGAGGACUCCCCACCAUUGCCUCUGGGACCCCCAAUCCCUGGUGAUCCCUGGCCAGGGGCACCUCCUUUGUUUGAUGAACCUCCGCCUCCAGGCUCCAACCGUCCCUGGAGAGACCUUCCUGACAGUGGUGCCUGGCCCCCAAAGCCCCCAAGCACUGAUCCCCCAAAACCUCCUCUGCCUGAUGACCCCUGGCCAGCAGGAACCCAGCCCCCAGAAAACCCCUGGCCUCCUGCCCCUGAGAUGGACCAUGAAUCUCAGGAGGAGCCAGACCUUGACCCACCCCAGGAAGAGUAUAGAUAGGGGCCCCCAGGGAACGUGAGCCUCCACAGAGCACACCAAAGCCCACCUUUUUCUUCGGCUGCCUCCUUAGAAUCUCAAUUUUCCCUAAUCCCUUAGUACCCUUCCUCAGUCUCUGGUUGAAUUGUGUUCUAUGUUGGAAGUGUCUAUGUUCUGCAACCCCCCUCCCUCCACUUUGUGGUCCGUGUUCAGCCCCCACGUUGUCCCUCUGCUUCUCUUGAUCAGCAGAAAGCACACUCCUACCUCACUCAGCCUGUUCUUGCUUGUCUAGACCUGGACUUCUAGGCAGAGCCUGAGCUCUGUGCUCUCUGCUGCCACCUGGUGUUCUUAGCUGGGAACUGACAGUCGAUCAGGAUGGUGCUUCCAAUGGAAAAAUAAAAGCCACGUUUUCUUC